ACACGGAACAAAAACAAACAAUGAUGGUCCUGUCAUAAUUUUACAAAAUUACCAGAUUGAUUUAUAAACAUUUUUGUCAUGAUUAAGUAAAUUAACCCCAACAAAUAACAUUUUGCACAAAAUAAUUGCAAUGUGUUAGUAAUUUUAGAUCAAAUCAGCAGUAUGAAUGACUUUUCAAGUUUAGAAAAAACUAUAGUGCGUGAGUUGUCGUGUCGUUUGUGUCUCUGUACAGACGUGGUGAAGCUCAAGCCGCUCAGCACCGAGGUGAAACGCAGAAUCAAAAGGCUCUUUGAUAUCAUAGUGCGCACAGACGACAAUCUUCCAAAAGCAAUAUGCCACGACUGCCUGCAACAAGUGGCCGCUAUGCACCUGUACGCUGUCAAAGUAGAGAAAACUCAAAAGUUUCUUGACUUCCACAAACUAAAAUCUCUGGAAGAAAGAAGAGAACAGCAGUCGAUGGACAAAGUGCACCCUGUGGCAGCCUCGCAAUCCUCUCAAAACGUUACAGAAUCAAAUAAGAAACAGCCAAAUGCGCCCAAACCUAAAACGCCUCCCUCCGAACACCAGCAAGGUGACGUGAAACCGGCCAAAAAGCAAAUCCCCAAGAAAAAAUCGCCAUCAGACAUGAAGUUUAUGGAAGCAAUGCCAUUGGAAGAGUUCGCAAAAGCGGAGAAAGUAGAUAAAUCGUUACUCAAUAGCACGUCAUUGGUUAACAAACCUCCGACACAAGCGGAUAAGAAAGAAGCGAACAAAAAAGAAAGCAGAACAGAAUCCGCCGAGUUGUCUGAAGCCUUAGAUCCGAUUGUCCUGAUAGACGGCAGGCCUGCGCGGCAAGGUGCCGCCUUAGACAGACAAAUAACGCUGUUUUACAAAAUGGAAUGUUGUAUUUGCCACGAAAAAGGUUUUCAUUUCAGGUCUUUGAUGAAACAUUAUAAAGACAGGCACGGUGUGCCCGGGUAUGUGACGUGUUGCGAGAAAAAGUUUCACUAUUUCUACCCAAAGAAGAUUAUAGAACAUAUGGCAUUUCAUUUGCAACCGAAUAUAUUUAUGUGUUCAAGCUGCCACCAGAACUUCCAAACAUCUCAAGAACUGGUCGAGCACCAGAGCAACGGCGGGCGCUCCGAGGGCAAGAUCGUGUGCCCGCGGUGCACGGAGCGCUACCCUACCUACCGCGAGCUCGGCUGGCACGUGGUCUCGCACCGCUCCGACAAACUACAGUGCGAUUAUUGCGGUAAAAUGUGA